AGUUGGUCGGCAAAACACGUGCUGCAAGAACAAGGAUGUAGAAUCUCGAAAACUCUAUUACUCAUCGCCACCGCCACACGUGUAAUCAUCGGCGUGUGUUUUAGUGUAACGUUUUAGCACACUCCAAACCUUAUAUAAACCACCAAGAGACCCAACCUCUAGUUUUCAACUUGAAACAAAACUCCAUCAAGAAGAAGAAAAAUGGAUGCUAUGUCUCAGACCUGCACAAAGAUCAUUAUAAACCCAUCUCGUACACCGAUCAAGGCAAUCUCACAAACCAAACUGAGCCUUAACACUGGGAAGGAGAGGUGCUUUGCUGCUGCUAGAUGCAUGGCUUCAGGCCCAGGUUAUGCAGAGGCAAUGGAGCCGAUUAAGCCGGAGGAAGAGGAGGAACUGACUCGGAGAAGAGGCAUAUGCGGUGGAGAAGUAAACAGAGGAGUAGGGGAAGUCCUGGAAUACCUUGAGAAGGAAGCUAUCAUGGGUGAUGAUGAUGGGAGAGACCCUAAGGAUUACAGCAGAAGAGCAAAUAUAUUUGAAAAGAGUUCAAAGAUCUUCAAAAACGUCAAAGAACAGAGAGAUCACUCUCCAAAGUAAGAAUACUGUUGUUUAUUUCAUUGUUUGUAUGAAUGUUAUUAGUGUUUGAUUCCUUGUAACUGCAAUGUCCUGUAAUUUUGUAAGGAUCCUCUCAUUGUAACACAACCUUAAUAAUGGAGA